AAUCGAUCUUAAUGCAACACUAACUUGAAGUUUGCAACGAAGCAUUGCCGAACGAAUGGCGGAUUGUUUUUUCAAGGAAGAAGUCAUGAAGAUCUAAGCGCGAGACAUAUGGGUGUUGUGAUAAAUUAUUAUUGUAUGAAAGAUCACUAUACAUUUUCGGUAUGUGCGAACAUUUUUGGGAACCUUUAGCUGAAGUUUAUAUAGCAGAACAGGCGGAGUCCCCUGACCCCGAUUGUUACAUUUAUUGUCUUUGCAGUAGAGUGUUUAUCAGUAAUAGCUCCACGUCUACUUAUAUAUUGAUUUGUGAUGUGACACAUGACUUAACCUUGACAUCCACUUAUGUAUAAUAUAAUCUAAAUCAUAACAGAGAUUAUGUUUAAAUAUUUAUGAAUUUUAUUGAAAAAAACAUAUUAUAAGACUAACAAGUGAAGCGAUUCUUUUAAAGUUAGCACAAUGAAAUGUUUUAUGAAUUUUCCUUUUGUUCUGCUAUGUUAUUUAUAUGAUUUUUAUGAAAGAAACAAGCAAGUGAAUUCUACAUAAAAUGAAAUCCAGAUGUUUAUACCAUCCAAACUGCCGAAGAUGCAAGCGAAAAUGAGGACGUUGAAAGAGAUUGUGUGGGAGAAAUGUUGGAUAUCUAUAAAAGAACAAACACAGAAAUACAAUCUGUAGAGAAACACGAUGAAGAGCCUGUUAGUUGUUAUUGUAGUGCAUCACAUACAGACAACAAUUAUUCUACGGAUGAACAUGAUUCUGUUCGUGACUCAGCCCAUCGUGUCACAGCACAUAGUCUUACACAAAAAUUAGGUCUACACCAAUCUGAUUCUGGUGCAGAUUUAUCAGAAUAUCAUGAUCAACACGAAGCUAAGAGUAUACAAAAUCUUUUAGCCUCUUAUGGAAAAACUUUUCAUUCAUCUGAGAACGAAGUUGAGAGUGGGUUUGAUAAUGCGGAAGCAUUCAUGAGGUAUCGCGAAAGCAGAGAUUUAGAACUCAAGUCUGAAACAUUAAAUGUUGAUUCUGAAAAUUCUUGUAUCGACGACACGUCAGCCUUAAGCUGUAAUCCCUCUAAUUGCAUAAAAACCAAGUAUCAUACCAAAUCCUCGUCAUUUAUUUUAGGAGAAAAAGAUUCAAUAGCACAACCUUUAUCCUUAAAUAUUACGGCAUUAGAUGAUAUACAAAACUCCAGUAAAAAUGAAAAUGAAACUGACCCUUCUAUGCACAAUUAUAAAAAUAGUUCUGAUGAUUAUUCCUAUUCCAAGUACUUCAAAAGUAAUAAAAGUGAAAUGGAUAUGGCUUGGGAAAAGUACUGGAACAAACAUGGGGAACAAUUGAUAUGGUCAUCAUGGAUUGAAAAGUAUGCAGAAUAUAUUAAUCCUGAAUACCUUCAAGACAAUUUACAUUUAAGAGAAGAGGAAAAACUCAAUGAAAUUAAACAAGUUGGUAUAGACAAAUUUUCGGAACAAAAUACGUGUUUCCCUAAUCAAGCGCACAAAAAUUGUGAAAUUGAUCGUUCAGAUUUUGAAGGAAUCUUCAGUAAAAGUAGCAUCAACGAAGAAAAUGAAUCGAAAAAUAAAGGUUCAUCGUACAAUAUUAAUUUUUCAUUCGAAGAUCCAAAUAAGCAAACUGUUAACGAUAAAGAUGCAGAAGAAAAUAGGAAAAAAUUAACAAAUUAUGAACUGUCACCAGAAGCAGGUGAUGGUUGGAAUCCACUAAGUCCAUUUAGUGCGGAGGAAAGUUAUAAUCAACAUUCUAAUGCAGAAGAUGAAAGACUAUUAACCAGAUGUGAUUCUAUCAAUGGUUCCACAGCAAAGACAAAUGCAACGUCUGAUUCUAUGACAAAUGUUACUAAAAUGACAUUAACCAGUUCUAGUUGUGAUUCCAAUUCUAUUCACUCUUCUAGUCUUAUUAGCUCUGUAACUAGCUCUAUUGAAAGUAACAUAACAUUUAGUAGUUCUGAUCAAGAAAAUGAGUAUGUAUCUGAGGACAAUGAUAAAUAUUGGCAACAUUUGUGGAAAGAAAAUUUUCAAUUAGAAUACCAAAAGCAAUACGAAUUAUUUGUAAUAAGAUAUAAACAAACAGAAAGUUUAAAAACUGAUCAUGUUACUUCAGUUUUUGAGGUUAAUGGUCAAAAUAUAUGGACGCGUGGUAAUAAUAAUCGAUUGGAUGAAGAAAAAUCUGCCGAAAGUAAUAUUGAACAAUUGCAUAAAAUUAUUAAUAUAGAUGAUAAAAAUGGAGUAACAAAUACGCCAGCAAAACAAGAAUUAUCAAAUAAAAAAAGAAUGAUCAUAGAAUCAGUUGGUAUGCUCAUGCAAAGUCUAACAAUGAAAUCCGAAGAAGAGGUUAUAGAUCAAAUAAAUAGAACAAGCGAUACAGAAAAAUCAUCAAAGGAAGAUAUAAUGAAUAUAUCUAGUGAAAACAAUGUGGUUUUAUCAUCUACCAUUGAUAAUGGUGGAUUUAUACAAAAAAUAUCAAGUGAUGAUAACAAAGAUAAGCCAAAUGAGGACAGACCUAUUACACUAAAACGAAGCCAUGAAGCUGAUUACGACGACGUAGGAGAAGGUUUAGAAACCGUGAAGAAAGCUUUCUCAUUAAUGGGUUAUACUUUUAAUGAAAGCCAAAAACAAACAAAGUUACAAGGUGAGGUUGUUUAUAGGAAAAGAAAUAUCAGAUUACAAAAUAGACAAUUAAAAAUGAAAGUUAGUCGCUCUAAACCUAUAAACAAGCACAUUUAUUUUGAUGAUAAUGGAGUUGAAAUCACAAAUACCAUAGACAAGGUACAACGUUAUUUAUCGUAUUGUCCAAUAUUACAGCCUGCAGAAACCGAAAUACAAUCUAACGACAAAGGUUCCUAUACUAAAACACAAUUUUCAUCAAGUUCUGACGAAGAGUGCGAUCAUAGUCCUAAAACAAAAUUGCAAGCAAAAAGACUAGUGUUUAAUAAACCAAGUACAAGUUCGUCAGAAUUGAAACAAGAUAAAUCAGUUGAAAAUAUAUUUAAUACUUGGAAAGAUUCUAAUGAAUCAGAUCAAAUUUUUAACGAUACAGUAAUUGAUGAUAUCGUACAAUGUGAAUGCGACGAAGAAAGCGACUCUGUAAAACCAUUGAUUAAUGAAAGACUUCUUCCUCCAAACGAAGACAAAUUAUCUACUUUAAAUAUUGAUAUGGAUGUUGAUGAAAAAGAGCAUCACACGGAGAUAUUAAAUAUAAAAUUAUCGGACGAAGAUAGUAUAAAAAAAACGUUAAAGAAAAAGAGGAGGAAACAAUCAAAAAGAAGUAUAAGUCUUCCUGCAGAAAUAAAUAAUGACAAAACUUUAAUGAAAUAUUGGAUAAGAAGAUAUCAUCUCUUCAGUAAAUUUGAUCAAGGCAUCAAACUAGAUCACGAAAGCUGGUUUUCUGUAACUCCAGAGAAGAUAGCAGAGCAUAUAGCGGAAAGAUGCAAAUGUGAUACGAUUAUAGAUGCAUUCUGUGGUGCAGGAGGAAAUGCUAUUCAAUUUGCAUUUACAUGUGAAAGGGUGUUGGCCAUUGAUAUUGAUCCAAUAAAAAUACAACUUGCCCGGAAUAAUGCCCGUAUUUAUGGCGUUGAGGACAGAAUUGAAUUUAUUCUUGGUAAUUUCUUUGAUAUAGCACCAAAAUUAAUAGCCGAUGUUGUCUUUCUAAGUCCACCUUGGGGAGGACCUAGUUAUGUGAAGAACGAAACUUACGAUCUUGAUAAUAUUAUGCAUCCAAUCGGUGGAAUACAUGUAUUUAAAGUAGCAAGAAAGAUCACGGAUCACGUGGCCUACUUUUUACCGAGAAAUGUAGAUACCAUGCAGAUCGCUAUGCUAGCUGGAGCAGGUUCUGGUGUAGAAGUGGAACAAAAUUUCCUUGACAGAAAGUUGAUAGCUUUAACGGCUUACUAUGGUGAAUUACCCAGGGACUGUUAAUUGUGAUAUAACAUGGAAUAUGAAAGAAGCUCUAAGUCAACUACAUUGAACAAACAAGAGCGUCACAAUUAUCUGGAAUUAUUAGUUGUAAAUAUCUACAUGUAUGUAUCAAUUUGCUUAAAUCAUAUAUCAUUUAUCUUCUCUAUUUUAUUAUAUUAUCAAUGAAUUAUUCAUGAAUUAACUUCAUUAAAUGUAUCGAUGUUUUUAACUUUAUGCAAAUCUCUAUAGAUUACAGAUAUAUAUAUAUGUAUAUAUAUAUAUAUAUAUAUAUAUAUAUAUAUAUAUAUUUUAUAAUUAAACUUAUUACUCUAUUAUAUUACCUGCAUUUAAGCGAAUUGAUACAAAAACAGUUUAGUUUGUGAUGUCAUCUCCGUCUGAUUGAAAAGAACGUUUGUGAACGUUCAACUCAAUUUUCGAUUGAUUCUUCCACAGUAUUAAUCAUGUGUUAUUUUUACUCGAAUUUAAAUGAAAUCAAAGAUAUUCCUUUGUAUAAUAUAAUAAUUUUAACUUGUGCUAUAAACACAUUAAUGCAUUGUAAUGUAUAAUUUACAACGAUUUCCAGAUUAUUAUUUUACAAUUUUUAUGUACACUCUACUAAUUUUGUUAUCAAGUAAUAAACAUAUUUAGAACAUAA